AUGUUCUCGCUGUUUUGGGGGCUAUGGAACUAUUUAUUUAGCAAGGCAGAGCUCCAUUUGCUUAUCGUGGGACUAGACGAUGCAGGCAAAACGACGCUACUUGAGCAGCUUAAAGGCAUAUUUGGAAAGAAGCCAGGCAUCCCAUUGGAGAAGAUUCCGCCGACUGUGGGGCUUAACAUUGCUCGGGUUAAUAUUAAACGAUCGAGGGUCAUUUUCUGGGAUCUUGGAGGACAAGAACGUCUUCGUGCCAUUUGGAACAAAUACUACAGUGAAAGUCACGGUGUUGUGUUUGUGAUUGAUUCUGCUAAUGAAAGACGAUUUCAAGAAGCAAAAGUGACAUUGCACGCAAUGCUGGCGAAUCCCGAGUUAUCAGGAAUUCCACUAGUAGUGCUGGCAAACAAGAUGGAUUUGGAGAAUGCACAACCAGUUAAAAAUAUUGUCAAGUGGUUGGAAGUAGAAGGACAUCAAGGCGCAGUCGCGAGUUAUCCCAUCUGUGCAUUAACAAGGGAGGGCAUUGAAGGCGCGAUAGACUGGCUGGUGGAUGCUGUGAUGGCUAGCGAACGAUAUUAUGAGAAGAUGGCAGUAGGCAGCGCAUGA